AUGGGGAUUAAGCAGCAUUUCACCUCGGUUGGACACCCUCAGGCAAAUGGACAAGCUGAAAACUUUAACCGAACUCUCCUCCAUGGCCUUAAAACCAGGCUCCACAGGGCUGGAUCGUCGUGGAUGGAAGAGCUCCACAGCGUGCUGUGGUCCUACCGAACUACGCCGAGGUCAGCAACCCAAGAGACCCCGUUUUCCCUAACUUAUGGGUCCGAGGCCGUCGUCCCAGCCGAAUUCAUCACUGCAAAUCCACGUAUGGCCGCAUACGCCGCCGAAAUCAACGAGGAGAAACGACGAGUUGACCUCGACCUCGCCGAAGAGAAGCGUGAUAUGGCUGCGGCCAAGGCUGCCAUCUAUAAAAAUAUCCUAACUGGCUAUUACAACGCUCGAGUUAAACACUUGCGAUUCAAUCCAGGGGACCUCGUGCUCCGAAAAAACUCGGUCAGCCGAGCUGAGCCUCAGGGUAAAUUAAAUCCCAGGUGGGAGGGACCCUAUCGCGUUGUUGAGUCCAGCCAAAAUGGAUAUUGUAAAUUGGCAUACCGAGAUGGAUCUCGGGUGCCCCGAACUUGGCAUGCUGAAAAUCUUAAGUUGUAUUACCCUUGA